GUUCUCCUCCCUGGACGGCCAGCACGCGGCCUCUCGCGAGCUGGAGCGGCAGCGGCUGGAGCGCAAGAUCGGGCAGCUGCGGCGGGAGGUGGAGGUGAAGGACCGGGCCCGUGGGCGAGCGGAAGUUCAAGCCUCCGGGCCGGCGCCCGCACGGAGCGCUCCGGCGGCCCGGCGAGGCCCUCGCGAGCCACGUCGCCGCGGCCGCCCGGGCGCGGCCGGUGGCGCAGCCCGCGGAAGCCGCUGGAGCCCGGGGCGGCGGAGCGGCCGGGCGGCGCCGACGUCGCCGACGGCGCCCCGAGCCUGGAGAUGGCGUGGCUGCUCUCCCGGCAGCGGCAGAUGGACGAGGACGCACGCGAGGUGGAGGCGCUCCUGCUGCGCCACGACCUCGGCCGGUACGUUUCCGUGCUCGCCCGCGAUCCGGGCGGCCGCUGGGGCUCCCUGCCCGACCUGCGCCUGUCCGACGAGGCCGCCCUGGUCGCUGCAGGGCUUCCAGCCGCCGACGCGCGCCGGCUGCUGGCAGCGCUGCGGGAGGAAGGCGCCGCCGCGGCGGAGCCGGGCACAGCGCCGCCCCGCCGCGUCGUUGUGCCCGAGGCGGAGGGCCUGGCGGAGCCGCUGCGCUGGGGGCGCCUGGGCCGCGCGCCCCCCGGCUGGGGGCGCCCGUGCUCUGCCCAGGCUUUGCCCGCCGCCGCCGCGAGGGCCGACGCCGCCUGUGGCGGCGACGGCGACUGCGCGGAGGGCGCCGAGGACUG